AUGGAAUUUUCUAAGAUUGGUUAACACUGUAGCUUCUAAUUUUGUUCUUAAUAAGAUUUUCUACCAUUUGAAUGUGAUGGAUGCAAAAAGAUUUAUUGUGCAGAUCACACUAGAGCAGAUGACCAUUAAUGUAUUUUACCUCCAGAUUUUGAUAGUAUUUACGUGAUUAUAUGCCCAAUAUGCGAAGCUAGAAUAAAGAUUAAAGCCAAAAAUGAUCCAAAUAUUGCAUGGGAGACACAUUCUACGUCUGGAGAAUGCAUUCCAAAAAUGAACUAGAAUUAAAAACCUAUUAAGAAAUGCAUAGCAAAAAAAUGCUACACAAAAAUAACUGAUACAAACUCAGUUAAUUGUCCUAAUUGUUUGCAGCAAGUUUGUAUUGCUCAUAGAUUUUAAGAUGAUCACUAGUGUACCAAUGUUAUCAGAAAUCCUUAGACCCAAAAAAGUAAACUACUUUAGGAAGGAUUUUUUAAGAAUCAGGACAAGAAAAAUGGAUGGAAAGAUAAUAGCAAUUAACCAGUUAUAAAUCAUUUUGACUAUACUAAUUUAGAGUCAAAUAUCAAUAGAUUUUCUUCACAAUAAUCCUCGUAAUAACAAUCAUAAUAAAACAAUACCUAGAAUUAGCCAAAAAAGGAUAACGUUAGUGAUAAUUUUUAAGCAGAGUCAUGUCCUUUUUGUGGUUAAUUAUUUCGUGAUGUAAAUGAAUUGAUAUAGCAUACAGAAUCUCAUAUAAUUCCAGAUAAAAGCUCCCAAAAGAAGGCAGAGGUAGAAAAGUGCCCACAUUGCCAGAAAAGAUUUAUUCUAACAGAAUUAGUGACUCAUUUGCAGCAAGAUCAUUUUAUCUAUUGA